AAUAUUGAUUAAUUAAUAGAUUGGUACAUGGAUUAUUCUUGUUUGAUAGAUUUGAUAUAAUAGAGUAUUGUAAUCAUUAAUAUCAUAUUUAUCAAUACUUCGUAUUAUUUAUAUAUUUUCUGAAAACAUGUAAAUGAGAAAGUAUAGUACCUAGGCAACUAAGCACUCACUGCUCAUAUUUGUUUUCGCUCUAUGAUAUGCCUUGAUAAUGUUCUUUCUCUAAGUUUAAUGUAGUAAGAACAUUUUAAAUUUAAUUAUAAUUUGCUUCAGUAUUAAACAAUGGACGACGAUGCCGUUGCUACAUUAAAGGAGUACAAUGAACAGUUAAGAAAAGUAAAUGAAGCAUUAAGUGUCACAGAAAACACCGAUGACCGAAACAAUUUAAUAUCACUAAAGAAUGACCUACAGCAAUUAAUUGCACUCACAAAUUCCACAAAUGAUAACUCUGAUGAUAACAGUGAUAGCAAUGAUAAUGAAGCUAAAAUCAAUGAUGAAUAUGCAAUGUUUAUGGCUGAAAUGGAAAAGGAAGGAGCCUACAAAGGCAGCACAUCCACUCAGGAUGUACAUGUUAAAAAAGAUUUGACUUCACUAGAAGGAACAAAAUGUAAAGCUCCACACUGUCACAGUUGGGGCUCAACUAUUCAUCACAAUGCUUUAAUUACAACAGUAUUACCUCAACAGGAUGAUGAUGAUAAAAUAAGAGUAAAAAUAUUGUUUAUUAAUCCAACUCACAAGGAGAUGUUGCCUUGUCCUUAUUACUUUGAGACUGAAUGUAGAUUUUCUGAAGAGAAAUGUAGGUUUUCUCAUGGUGAGAUUGUCAAUUUUGAAGAUCUGCAAGAGUAUGUGGAACCUGAUUUUGCUGGUUUAUCGGUGGGUUCCAUUGUCUUAGUGAAACAAGAUGAUAAAUUAUGGCAUAAAGCAAUGGUGAGAAGAAUAUUGAAAGAAAAAGAGAUGUGCAUUGUUAAAUUAGAGAAAAGUAGAAAAGAGGUUGAAGUGGAUUUUGUUGAUUUAAUGCCAAUCAAUGAUGAUGAAAAAGGAGAUGGUGAUGAUGAUAGCAGUGAUAGUGGAAGUGGUGAAGGGGAUGCAAUGGAUGAAGAAACCAGAGAUGAUUUUAUUAAUAUUAGUUUGUUAAUUAAACCAAGUGAUGAUAAACUUGGAAGUUGGGAAAAAUAUACCAAGGGAAUUGGCUCAAAAUUAAUGGAAAAAAUGGGAUACAUAAUUGGAACUGGUUUAGGAAGAAGAGGCGAAGGUAGAAUUGAUCCAGUGACAGCCGUUGCACUUCCUGCAGGAAAGUCUUUAGAUCAUUGCAUGGAACUACGUGAGAAGUCCGGAGGCGAUAAAAACCUUUUUAAUGUUGAACGUAAAUUAAAACGACAAGCGCGCCGUCAAGAAGCUAAAAACCAAAAGAAUUACGAACGCGAGAAGAAUAAAGUGGACGUAUUUAAUUUCCUCAAUGACACGCUGGCGACCAAGUCAUCAGAGAAAGAUACCAUUCAGUUAGCAAAGUCACAGCACCGGAAAGAAAUAAAAGCUGAGACUAGUCGAAAUUUGGACGUGGAGUCCUUUAAAAUUGAACAGAGACUUAAAGAAAUUCAUCUUGAGUUGGUAAAAAUUCGACAAGCUAUGCAACGACAAUCGGCUGCUCAAGGCCUACUGCACAAACAACUUCAGGAUAAAUAUAAAGCGAAGCAGGAGGAGUUAAAAUUAUUUGAGAAUAAGGCUUUAAAUAUUAAGAAUGAACAAUCGUUGAGAAAUACUACGAGGCAAUUGACGAAAUUUUAAUUUACCAUGUUUAAUUAUUUGGGUUGCAUACGUUUGUAGGGUUAAUCUGCACAAUUCUACCAAAAAUGUGAUGAUAGAAACGGUAUUUAAUUUUAAAGAUUUAUCUACACUUGUAUUUAAGUAUAUGACUACUUAAUACUUGUUAAAACUUGUUUGGUUUUAAUUUUGCAUACUAUGCAUCAAAUGAACGAACUUGUUGAUAAUGUCAAAUUUGUAUCAUGGCGGUGGCUCUUUUCUUAGGUUAAGAGUAACCAUUACUGUCGCAGUCAAAUUAAAAUUAGUCUUUGGAAUGAGUAAUUUUAACAACAGGAUAAUUAUUAUAUACAAGUGAAAUGAAAACAUUUGUAACACUCACAGGGGAUUUAAAUGAUAGUUUAUAAAACAAUUGUAAAUUCAAGGCAUUGGGUUUGAUGAACACUUGCAUUGAGGGUUGCAGGUGUUUUAAUUCCAUUUAUAUCUAAAAUUAGUCCUGUGGUCAUAAUGAAAAUAGUGAAAAUGUAAACGUAAACAAAGUUUUUUGGACAAUCACGACUAUUGUUUCACUUCAAGAGUCUUAGAUCCAUUUGUAUGUAUCUAUAUAAUAAGGAGUACACUAACACAAUCCAAUAAAUAAUUAAGUCAA